AUGAAUAAUGUUUUUAGCUUUUCUAUUCUUGGUAAAUUAAAUAUAAGGACUCAACUCAAUUCGGCUUAUCGCAAUGAUCUAAUUAAACAUAAUAAUCAAGUGGAUAAGAAUCGAUAUGUAUUGAAUAAAAUUAUUAAUUGUAUAAGGUUUUGUGGAGCAUUUGAGUUAGCCUUAAGGGGUCACGAUGAAAAGGAAAAUUCGGAAAACAGUGGCAUAUUUAAGGAGCUGGUGAAUUUUAGCGCCGAAUUAGACAACGAAUUGAAAGUCCAUAUUCAAAGUGCCAAACUUUUCAAGGGUACCUCAAAAACAACUCAAAAUGAGCUUCUUGAGUGCAUGCUAGAUGUUUAUCAUGAAGAAGUUAAGAAGGAGAUUCCAAAUUCUCCUUUUGUUGCAGUAAUUGCCGAUGAAACGACUGACGUAGCCUGUGAAUUUCAAUAUUUGUGUAAAGGACAACCAGUUGAGAGAUUUUGGAGAUUUUACGUCCCCGACGGACACGAUGCCAAAUCAAUCGCUGCAUGCGUUUUAAAUGUUGUAAAUCCAUUACUAGAUCAAAAUCCAAAAAAAUUAAUAGCUCAAAGCUAUGAUGGUGCGUCUGUUAUGAGUGGUGAAUUGAAUGGGCGUUCAAAAAAUUAUUAA